GACAGAACGACGCAGCUGUCACCCUUCGAUGCUUCCCAUCUCUGUGCAACAUGGAAUAAAGGAAUAAUGGAAUUAUCGUUGAGUGCAAGGAAACAAGAUGAAAGAUCAAGUGGUGGCAAGAAAGCAUCACAAACAGUCUUUAACAAGGACAUGAGGUAGCUAAAAUAGAUCUAAAUAGGACUUAAAUUGAUAGUAGAACUGAGGCACGCCUAGUACCUACAAUGAACUACUUGUACAACAAAAAUAAAUAAAUACAUAUAAAUAAUACGUCCACUCCUUCUUAAGCACUAAGCCCCACCAACUAUACCAACCACAUUAUUUACAUCCACUCACCCUUAAGUACAUCAAACUUGACUGGACUAUAGGAAAUAAGACUCAGUUAUACCAACUCACAGCGCAAACUAUACCAGGCUGCAUUCACUUUCAUCCAGUUAGAAUACUCUUACGUACACCCAACUAAACUGAACUACAAUAAACUACCCUCAGUUAUUCCAGCUAAGGGCUAACUACGCCAAGCUACUCAAUUGUACAUUUGCAUCCAAUCACUCUUAAAGAGUAUAUGACAGAUAAUAGGCCAUUUGCAAUAAGAGGUCAUGUGACAUCGUUUUUAUGAAACUGAAAGUUAUAUGAUUUUUUCUUCAAAAAACGAUUAGUGGGUCAUAUCUUUAACAAAAUAAUAGUGAUUUUGUUUUGCAAACCUGCACCAUUUUCUUAAAAUGAGUAAGUUCGUAGCUGGUCACCUGACCAAAGUGUGAUAUUACAAAAGUAGGUUGAGUUCGAUCGUCCGGGUGAACGUAGUCCUGAAUAGGACUGUUGUUGACAGUGACUGACGCUUCGACAACCUGUGCGGUAGUCAUCUUCAGAGUCAAAGUGAGUUGUAUCACGUUAGUUGAUGGUAUUAUCCUCUGGUUAUUGGUCUGAUUGGUCAAUUUUGUUGCGAUGUUAUUGGUCGUCUGUCAGUUAAGCCGUGAUGGUAUUGGCUAUGAAGACUCGUAAUCAGUAAUUGGUGCGUUUCGAUCCGUCUAUUGUCACAGUUAAACAGUCGUCUAUUUUUCAGUAGUCAAAUUGUCAGUUCUCCAGUCGUUCUCUCGUGGUUAGUUUUGCUUGAUCUCGUCAAUGAGUCGUUUGUACGGCGCUGGUAACUGUUGGCUACGAUUCAGUGGCGUUUGUUCUAAAUUAGUAAACCAGCUUUCUAAAGUAAGAUGUUGAUAGUAGUGGGUUCAAACCUUUCACAGUAUUAUGAAUUACCUCUUUCUGAACACAAACUUUGCACUUAAACCUCAAGGAAAACGUUGAAAAGUUGAUGUAGGAACGUUUACAGCACAUCUGAGCAUAACUGUCAAACGUUUAGCAAGAUGUAAGCAAAAAGUACUUUUGGCCGCCAUGUUGGAGGGCAAGAGUUUGCCCUCCAACAUGGCGGCCAAUACAAAUGAUAUUACUUUGUUGAAAAAUCAAACUGUCGUAAAAUAUCUCCCUUAAAUGCGUUUCCUCUCAAAUUUCGGGUGUAAGAUAAUUUAUGUGUGCUCUGUCAAAUUUUGGCAUCAGCUAGAUUCCAGCUCAUUGUUUAAAGGAAGCAUUGGUCACGUGACCUCUUAGUGCAAGUGGCCUACUCUUUUAAACUAAUCAGCCUGAACAAAUUUUGGUCCAAAUAUAAAAUUAAUUCAGUAACCACUCUAAACUUGAAUGUGUCUCCUCAAACGUUUUUUGCUGUCCAAAAACUGCUUUUCCCACUUCAUAAAUGUCCCAGAGACUGGGAAUUUCUAUAGCGCCAAAAUUCCUAUGGCUCCAAGGUGCUCUACAAAGUACAUAAAAAUAUUAAAAUUUACAAAAUAAUGUAAAGUAUCCAGUUAACUAAUAAAAAACAUCUACUAUGUAUCAAGGGCGAUAAAAGUGUACACCCAAAUGCAAAAAACUAAGGUAUUAACUAAAUGUUCUGUUAAAAAAAAAAAAACCUUUAGAACUUACUCUUUAAGAUAUCGACCGAAGAAGAGAUUUUUUUAUGUGGCAAAAAGUUCCAUAGUUUUGGAGCAUAGACUAAGAAGGCACAGUCACCAUAUGUCUUUAAGUUGGAAAAGGUGUCAGUAGCAACUACAUUUAAUUAGGACGAUCUAAGGUUGUGUGUCGGAGGGUAAAUAGUUGGUAGGUCCUUUCUGUAAAAGGGUUGCUAAGUGAUGAAGAGCCUUAAAGGUAAAAAGCAAGAUUUUAAAGACAAUACGUUGGUCAACCGGGAGCCAAUGAAUUUCUCGUAGUAUCAGGGUGAUAAUGGUCAUAUUUUCUCCCUUUCACGAUAAGUCGUGAAAGCACAGUUCUGGACUUCUCGAGGUUUUUGCGUUAGGUUCUUUGGUAGUCCAUAUGAUAAUUAUUAACAAUUAUCAAGUCUACUCGUGACAAACGCAUGUACAAGACGUGUUUUGGCACUCUCAUCAGGUGAAAAUCUUUAAAUACGGGCAAUCUGUUAAAUGUGGAAAAAUGACGUCAGCUGCAUUCAAACUGUAGACAUCCUCAAGACCUAGUGCGAAGACUGUUUUAGGUCGAUGUUAAGAUCUUAUAAUAAUAAAUUCGGUCUUACUUUGUUCAGCUUCAAGUUGUUAAUAGUCAUCCAUUCGUCAAUGCCUUUCAUACAAGACUGAGUAAUUUGGACCGAUUGAUCGAGAGAAGAUGAUUCAAUAAACAGAUACAAUUGAGUGUCAUCUGUAUAUAGACAACGACAACGAAAAUCCUUCUGUUUACCAUCUUCUUGUGACUGAAUUUUUGACUGGUACAUUUUUCCAAAUCAUUCUACUUUCUGACCAUACCUGUCAAUUUGGCCGGGCAAAAAGGGCGGACAUUUUUGGAGGCACAAAAAAUAUGUUUUGGAAGAUUUUUGAUGAGGUAACUUUUUAAAUACAUAUUUUGGGCAUUAUUUAAGAAUUUUAAACGUCAAAAUUAAAAUUUGUUAUAUACAUUUUAAGAUCACCAAACUAAACUGAACUACAAAAAAUUACACUCAGUUACAUGUCACCUUCAACUAUGCCAAUAAAAGCUAGAGUCAUUCACAUCCAGUCCAGUCAUUCAUAUCCAAUUUUUUUUAUAUUUGGCAGAAUUUUCACUUUUAUCGUAUUUUAGAUAAUGAGAACUCUAAAAUGGAAGUUGAACAACCGAAUUCUGUGACACAUUUAAUAAUUACAGUACAAUUAUAUUAUUGAUUAUCUAAAAACCCGUCUUUUAACAUUUGGUCAAAAUAAGUUUCAAAUUGUAAGGAUUAAUUAUAGUAAGUUGUGUGCAAGUUUGUAGGAAAAUCUAUUGAGCGAAUUCUAUGUAAACUGAGCAAAAGUGAAAUUUUAAGGUUGUAUUCAAUCGUUCAUGCUACCAUGGAAACUACGACAACGUCAAAUUUUACCUGUCAAUCAAAUUCUUUCAUCAGUAUAUUUUUCACUUGCCAAGUUUCAACUUGUGACCUGCAACCUUUCUCUUGCCAUGAUUUGAAAAAAUAAUGACACAUACUCACAAACUGCCAAAACUGUGUUCAGCCACCUUAAUAUGGACACCUCUUUAUUACGGACAGUUUGCUUUGUCCCUGUGGAAAGAAAGCCGCUUAAUACAGACACCCUGUUAAUAUGGACACUCUCUAUGGCCCCCUCAGUUUCCGUAUUAGUGGGGUUCGACUGUACUCUCUUUCACCCAAUUGUGUCAAGCUAGGAUCAUUCACACCCAGUCACUCUUACUUACAUCCAACUAAACUAAACCACAGCAAACUACACUCAAUUACAAUUGAACCUCCGUUACGCGGCCACCCACGGGGUACCAGUAAGUGGCUGCUCAAUGGAGGUUGGCCGCUUAAUAGAGGUUCAUCUUAAAUUAGCAUAACAUGAUCAUAAUCUUGAGCCAAAAAAUCACUAUUUUGAAACAAACACGUAAAGGGAGCAGCGUUACUGAUCCACAAUUGGUCUCGUCACCUAUCUCGGGCUGUAUUUUCCCUCAUCAUAUUCUUGAAAUGAAGCCAAAGUAAGUUUAUCAAGUGCUUGAUGGCCGCUUAAUAGAAGUGUAACACUGCAGUUGAUUAUUGGCCGCAUAAUAUAAGGUUGCCGUUUUAUAAGUGGCAGCUUGAUGGAGGUUCAACUGUAUACCGACCACCUGCUAACUGUGUCAAGCAAGUGCCAUUCACACCCACUCACUCUUACGUACAGCUGUAGAUCCAUUGAAAGUGAACUAUUGGCUACACUUACUAUUACCAACCCACAACCAACUAAACAAAGCAGGAAUUACAUCCACUUACUCAGUAAUUUUAAGAGUAAGUACUUUAAAGUACAUGUAACUAAUCAAACUACAGACAACCAUACCAACCCACAGCCAACUACACCAAGCUGGAAUUACAUCCACUUACUCAUUUCAGAGUAAGUACUUAAAAGUACAUGCAACUGCACUCAACUAUACCAACCCAAAACCAACCACUCCUAGCUACACUUAUUUGCUUUGAUUCACAUUUAAGUACAUCAACUACUUUCCUGAGAGUACCCUCGUACUCGCUGUUCUUAGUUAUAUUAAUCCACACUCAACUAUGCCAAUCUACACUCAGUUACACCGAUCAAGUCUCAACAAUACUGGAACAAUACUGAACAAUACUGAAUGGUACUUACCUACACUGAACAUCAAUCUACAAACUGUUCUCACCUUUUCUAACACAAACCGAACUACACUAAACAGCCACAGUCGGUUAUUUACUACUUAUAGUAAUAGAUCUUUUUAGCUUGUAUGUUUUGCUCGCCUCAUGUAAGGGAAUCCAAGACAGUCUUGGAUUCAGGAUUCCACAUCACGGAUUCCGGAUUCCAGGUCCUGGAUUCCAAUCUUUGUCAGUGGAACUUGGAUUCAGGAUUCCAAUCGCAAGUGGGAUUCAGGAUUCUUUGAGCUGUAUUCCAGAUUCCAAAGCCCAAGAUUCCGGAUUCCACAAGCAUAAAUUUCCUGGAUUGCGGAAUCCAGAUUCCCUUACAUGGAGCGAUUUUGUUUUCCUAUUUCAGACCACAUGAUCUUAACCCAGAGAACUCGGUUUCUUUGAAAUGUCGUCCUAUGUACGUGCAUCUAAGUGCAUAUGUAUGCUUAAUUUAUGAAAAGACAAAUUCUCUUGGUCUGAAUUGGGAAAACAAAACAUUAAAAACAAAAAGGUCCAUUUGCUGCUUAGUUUAUACAAUCCCAAUUUUUCUCUCAUUUUCAUUGGUUCAUUUUCAUAUGGGAUGCACGUGUUUCUAAUUAAUUUACUACUGACACUCUUCACUUACUUAUUGUCUUACUUACUGUCUUUCUUAUUGGAGAGCAUGUGCACCCUGGCAGUUAAAGCUACAACAAGGACAAGGAUGGUACCAAGCACAGACUGAUGCAGAGGAUGGUACCAAGAGGAUAAUGGCAUUAUUGUGUAGCAACAACAGUCACAUCAAGGUCAUGGAUGGCGGCAAACACCUGUUGGAAUGGUGUGGUAAACUAACCAUCGGGAGGCACUAA